AUGGCCUCGUGGUUCGGUUGGAGCAGCGAGCCGGACUACCGGAGUCCGCGGCGGGACCCGUCUGACGUGGUCACGGACACCCUGAUGCUGGAGCUCAGCUGGCAGCUGAAGGAGGCCGAGAGGAUGCAGCGUGAGAGGGACAACGAGUACCGACGACUCCAGACCGGCGUGGACUACAGCUGGCUGGUCAACAAGCCACGCAACACCUACGACGUGUUACCUGGUGAGAGGCUGGGCCUGGAGGACCUGUGCUCCAAGGUGCAUCCAUCCUACUGCGGAGCCGUCAUACUGAGGUAAGUAACCUUUGACCUUAGUUCUUUCUGUACUUAACCCCCUAACCUGACGUAGCAGGCGUAAAAAGACGCCUGAGCGGAGUCCCCACAUCCGUUUUUCAGGGGAAAAUACUGUAUCCCUGAAAAUCUGAAACAUCAGCUUUCUUCCGACCCAGCAGAGUGUUAUUCCCCUAAUCUACACUGGCCUUCUGGUCAAGUUCUCUAUACAAAGAGAGAGAGAGAGAGAGAGAGAGAGAGUUGGUGGAGAGUAUAAAAAGAGCUGGAGGCCAGUCGGCCAAAUCAACAGGAGCAAGGGGCCGGUGGGGCUGGUCUAUUUAAAGGCCUAAGAACUUAUCAGCCUCGUCUUGAGAGGAGUAAGUAUCUUUAGUUGGCAGGCCUUCCCAUAGAUAUAAAACAUCUGUCAUAUGGUAUAUCUCUAUGGGAAGACAGAGGGGCCACCAUUAAAUGUAUUCCUGCCUCUCCCCUGCCCUGCUGUCCAUGCAGACAGAGGAGCCACCAUUAAAUGUAUUCCUGCCUCUCCCCUGCCCUGCUGUCCAUGCAGACAGAGGGGCCACCAUUAAAUGUAUUCCUGCCUCUCCCCUGCCCUGCUGUCCAUGCAGACAGAGGGGCCACCAUUAAAUGUAUUCCUGCCUCUCCCCUGCCCUGCUGUCCAUGCAGACAGAGGAGCCACCAUUAAAUGUAUUCCUGCCUCUCCCCUGCCCUGCUGUCCAUGCAGACAGAGGGGCCAUCAUUCAAUUUAUUCCUGCCUCUCCCCUGCCCUGCUGUCCAUGCAGACAGAGGGCUUGUUUGGAUCAAAGGUUUUUCAAGUGUAUUAGUGAUAGCACAUGUUGUGGUGUUACAGUGACGAUGGUAAACGCUGCUGAGUGGAAUAGUAAGAGCUCAUCCCCUUCCCACGCAGUUGAAAUGUACUCUCUGAACCCUCCAUGAGAAAAGUAGACGCCCACAUGGUUUCUCUUCUGUGACUAUAACCAGGCAAAGUGAAACAAAGCUAUCGAUUACAGCGGAUGGCUAAAGGUCUCUUGGUUUGUACCAUUUUAAAAUCUAAAGAUAAAUCAUCCAUUUAUCCUGAUACAUAUACUUUUGGGGGAGGUUUGGAACCAUACUCACGUGAUGAGUCCUGAAGACUUACAUUGGCUUCUUGUAUGAAUGCCUAGGCUUUAGCUUGGCGAGAUAACAGUCUUGUAGUACGCAAGACACCCAGGUUUGAACCCCUGCCAGUGACAUGAAGACCUGUGUUGGCUCCCUGAGUUAAUUCCUAGGCUUUAGCUCAGGGGGCAAACCUAACGCAGUCAUGUAGCACAAAGGAGACCUGUGUUCGAAACCCGACCAGUCACACAUGGGUCUAGCUGAGACUGAUUUGACUUCCUCUCUCUCCGACGUCCAGGUUCCGCCAGGUGGUGACUGAGAACGAGCCGGAGUUGCAGGAGGUGUCUGCCCUUUUCCGCACAGUCGUCCUCGAGGCCUUGGACCGCAUGAGGGAGGAGCAGGAGGCGCAGCGGCUCUCGCGCCAGUGGAACAACAAACGGGCCAUGAGCAUGUCUCUCAUUAACUUCAAGUCGCGCGUCAAGAUCAACCCCUUCGGCAGCACCUUGGGCCUGACCUCGACUGGAGGGGGAGGGGAGGGUGUGUGCGAGCUGAAGACAGUGUCAGAAGAUGUGGAGAAGGCGCUGGAGGAGAGGGCUGACAGGGCCCAGAGGGUGUGGAGCAUACCCGACUUCAGACACAAAGGGUUGUACACUACCAAGGCCGUCUGA